AUGGCGGCGGCCCGGGGCUCGGCGCGGAGCUGCUGCCGCCGCCGCUCCCCGCCCGCUUUUGAACAUCAAACCCUCCGGACCCCCCCUCGGGCUCCGACCCGCCCGCCCCGGCAAGUGAGAAACCCUCGGAUUCCCCCUCGAGUUCCGCCCCCCUCGCCCCGGCAGGUGAGAGACCGUCCGGACGCCCCCUCGGGCUCCGACCCGCCCGCCCCAGCAGGUGUCUUGUCACAGUAUCGCCAGCGGGUUUCUGAUGCCAACCAGCGGCUUUGCUCGGUGUGUACACACACACUGUGCAGAGACAUGGACGGCACUCCCAGGACACCAUCCCAAGAAAACCCCAUCCCAACAAAUUCUUGUCCCAUGCAGCGCUAGAUGGCCAGGCCUGAAGCUAUUUGCACACCUUGCACAGCACUUGCAGGGCUUGCACAGCUUUUGCACAGGGCUUGCACAGCCUGUACAUGGAGUUGGCAUGGUUUGCCUGGCAUUUGCACACUCAGUGUGUUCACACGGGGCCUUGCACACACCACUCCCCCAGCAGUUAGUGACCCACCAGAGCCUAACCCAGCUGGGGUAGGAGGCAGAGGAAGGGUUCACAGAGAAAGGCUUCAUUAACUGUUAUUCUUCUGUCAGUCUCCUAUUAAAUCCAGCCUGAUGUUAUUCAGAUACUAAAGGUCAUUUUUAAAAACCAUCUGACAAGACCUCCCAGACCUGAGGCCUCACUCCCCCCUGGCCAGGGUGCUGACUCCACUCGGGAGCCCUCCCAGAACCAGAACAUGGCAGCAGGGCUCAGUGCUCAGGGCAUCUCUUCCCAAAGAUGGGAAGGCUGAAAAGCACUGUCCGGUCCUGUCCCACUUAAUCCCACCUCAAAGCACAGCCCCAGGCUCCAAACUGUGCUCCUGAUGCUCCCAUUGCAGCCUGUGGCAGCACUCAGUGCUGCCCAAGGAAGGGAUCAAAACGGUCAGCAAGAGGAUGGAAGGAUGAUGGGCUGGGAAGGACUGCUGAAUGGGCAGACAAGUUAUCCAUAAACCUCUGGGCUUCUUGCAAUGGUUUCUGGAUCAUCCUGCCUGGAACCGUUUCACACAGUCAGUUUUAUGGGAAACAGUGAAAGGUACAAAAAUGGUGAGCGUGGGCCUAGCAUCAAGCCCCCAAGUCUGUACAUCCUCCUGCAGGUUGGGGUGCAUAUGCCUGCCACACAUGUGGAAUCCCAAGCUUCACCAAAUUCCCUGGCACUGGAA